AUGAAAUUUUCCUUUUUUAGACUGAUUCCAUUGAUUCAUUUGGACUCAUUCAUUUUGCUUUCUUUGUAUAAGUACAAAUCACCUCUUAGAAUCAGUAAUUCUAAGAUCUUUACACAAGUUUCGAGAAUGGAGAAACCAUCAAAACUCAGAAUCCAGGUCAUUUCAUGUCUUCCAAAAGCUGCAUCUCCAGUGACCUUUCAAUUGAGCCCUCCAGCCAGCCCAGCCAAAGCCACUGCUAGAAAAGGCUUCACAUCUCCAACCAUCUCCAUAAUUCCCAAGGAGAUGAGAAGAAAACCCAAAACUGAGAGCUUUGCGGCACAAGAACCCACCUCUCCAAAAGUCUCAUGCAUGGGCCAAGUUAAGAACAAGAAGACUGAGAAAAAUAUACCCAAAACUAAGCCAGUUGCUUUACAAGAAAGCCCACCAAUCUUUUUCCCCACAGAGAUGAAAAAGAAGCCCUUUGCUGAGAAAAACUCUUUCAAGGGACCAAAACAGAGUGUUAAAGUUCCUCUAAGGGUUCCUUCUUUAGGCCAAAUGAAGCAGUUUUCAAGCAGUCGUGGGACAUUAAAUAACUUUGAUUGGACAGUUUGUAAAGAAGAAGUAAAAGAACAAGAAGAAGACAUUUUUGUGGAUGGAGAAGUUGCCAUUGAGCCAAGAAAAGAAGUUAACUUGUGGAAAAGAAGAAACAAAGCACCUCCUAUUCCUUUGCAAGUGUAAGGUCUAAGCAAAGGAUUGCCUAUGCUUUCCUAUGAAUAAUACUAUUCUUCCUCUC